AUGCGACUGCUGUUGGCCCUGCUGGGUCUCCUGUUGGAGGCAACCAGGGCUCCAGCCUUGUCCCUUGAGGCCUCUGAGGAAAUGGAGCUGGAGCCCUGUCUGGCCCCCAGCCUGAAGCAGCAAGAGCAGGAGCUGACUGUGGCCGUUGGGCAGCCUGUGCGGCUGUGCUGUGGGCAGGUUGAGCGUGGUGGCCACUGGUAUAAGGAGGGCAGCCGCCUGGCACCUGCUGGCCGGGUGCGGGGCUGGAGGGGCCGCUUGGAGAUUGCCAGCUUUCUACCGGAGGAUGCUGGCCACUACCUCUGCCUGGCACGAGGCUCCAUGAUUGUCCUGCACAAUCUCACCUUGAUUGUGGAUGACUCCUUGACCUCCAGCAAUGAUGAUGAAGACUCUAAGUCCCCAAGGGGCUCUUCAAGUGGGCAUGUUUAUCCCCAGCAAGCACCCUACUGGACUCACCCCCAGCGUAUGGAGAAGAAACUGCACGCAGUACCCGCUGGGAACACCGUCAAGUUCCGCUGUCCAGCUGCAGGCAACCCCACACCCACCAUCCGCUGGCUCAAGGAUGGACAAGACUUCCAUGGGGAGAAUCGCAUAGGAGGCAUUCGGCUGCGCCACCAACACUGGAGCCUGGUGAUGGAAAGUGUUGUGCCCUCGGACCGUGGCACGUACACCUGCCUCGUGGAGAACUCUAUGGGCAGCAUCCGCUAUAGCUAUCUGCUGGAUGUGCUGGAGCGGUCCCCGCACCGGCCCAUCCUGCAGGCGGGGCUCCCAGCCAACACCACAGCUGUGGCAGGCAGCGAUGUGGAAUUGCUGUGCAAGGUAUACAGUGAUGCCCAGCCCCACAUCCAGUGGCUGAAGCACAUCAUCAUCAAUGGCAGCAAUUUUGGUGCUGACGGCUUCCCCUAUGUGCAAGUCUUGAAGACUGCAGACAUCAAUAGCUCAGAGGUGGAAGUCCUGUACCUGCGGAAUGUGUCAGCCGAGGAUGCAGGCGAGUACACCUGCCUGGCGGGCAACUCCAUCGGCCUCUCCUACCAGUCGGCCUGGCUCACAGUGCUGCCAGAGGAGGACCUCACAUGGACAGCAGCAGCACCUGAGGCCAGGUAUACGGACAUCAUCCUGUAUGUGACAGGCUCCCUGGCUUUAGCUGUUCUCCUGCUGCUGGCCGGGCUAUAUCGAGGGCAGGCGCUCCACAGCCGGCACCCCCGCCAGCCCACCACUGUGCAGAAGCUGUCCCGCUUCCCUCUGUCCCGACAGUUCUCCCUGGAGUCGGGCUCCUCAGGCAAGUCAAGUUCUUCCCUGGUGAGAGGCGUCCGGCUCUCCUCCAGCGGCCCCACCCUGCUCUCUGGCCUCGUGAGUUUAGACCUGCCUCUCGACCCACUGUGGGAGUUCCCCCGAGACAGGCUGGUGCUUGGGAAGCCCCUGGGUGAGGGCUGCUUCGGGCAGGUGGUGUGUGCAGAGGCCUUCGGCAUGGACCCUGCCCGGCCUGACCAAGCCAGCACCGUGGCAGUCAAGAUGCUCAAGGAUAAUGCCUCUGACAAGGACUUGGCAGACCUGGUCUCUGAGAUGGAAGUGAUGAAGCUGAUCGGCCGACAUAAGAACAUCAUCAACCUGCUGGGUGUCUGCACCCAGGAAGGGCCCCUGUAUGUGAUCGUGGAGUGUGCUGCCAAGGGAAACCUCCGGGAAUUUCUGCGGGCUCGGCGCCCACCUGGCCCUGACCUCAGCCCUGAUGGGCCACGGAGCAGUGAAGGGCCACUCUCCUUCCCAGCCCUGGUCUCCUGCGCCUACCAGGUGGCCCGAGGCAUGCAGUAUCUGGAGUCACAGAAGUGCAUCCACCGAGACCUGGCUGCCCGCAAUGUGCUGGUGACUGAGGACAAUGUAAUGAAGAUUGCUGACUUUGGGCUGGCCCGUGGUGUCCACCACAUUGACUACUACAAGAAAACCAGCAACGGCCGCCUGCCUGUCAAGUGGAUGGCUCCUGAGGCCUUGUUUGACCGAGUGUACACACACCAGAGUGACGUGUGGUCGUUUGGGAUCCUUUUGUGGGAGAUCUUCACCCUCGGGGGUUCUCCAUAUCCUGGCAUCCCUGUGGAGGAGCUGUUCUCACUGCUGCGGGAGGGACAUCGGAUGGACCGGCCCCCGCACUGCCCCCCAGAGCUGUACGGGCUGAUGCGUGAGUGCUGGCACGCCGCACCCUCUCAGAGGCCCACGUUCAAGCAGCUAGUGGAAGCACUGGACAAGGUCCUCCUCGCUGUCUCAGAGGAGUACCUUGACCUCCGUCUGACCUUUGGACCCUACUCCCCCUCCAGUGGAGACGCCAGCAGCACCUGCUCCUCCAGCGACUCUGUCUUCAGCCACGACACCCUGCCAUUGGGACCCAGCUCUUUCCCCUUCCCUGGGGUACAGACAUGA